UAAACCUCUCGCUAUCCCACAUUUCUCUCGCCCCCAAAGCAAGUAACCAACCAAACAGAAAGGGGACGAGCAGAAAGAGACAGGAAGGGGAGGAGGAAGAAGCCGAAGCCGAAGCCGAAGCCGCCGCCGCCGCGCGUAGUGGACGAGCAGACAACGAUUAACCCUCGUCUCCAUUGACCCGCUAACCCUUCACCCCAAUCCAACCCAAUCCAAUCCAGGGCGGAUUCCGAGCUCGCGGCGAGCUACCGCGUCUUCCUCCCCCACAUGUGGAGGCGCGGCUAGGCCCAUGCCACCACGCGCCAGAGCAAGGGCGGCGUCUCCGGGGAGCAGAGGUGCCAUGCAGUGUUUCCGGUUCGUGGGCUGGGAGCGGGAGCGGGAGAGGGAGGGGGACGAGCGGCGCGGGCCGGUGGCGGCGCCGGCGCGGUCGCUGUCCGCGCGGUCCAACAACAGCACGACGUCGACGGACCGCGAGGUGCGGCGUUCGGGGUCCGAGUGCUCCUUCAACGUGUCAGAGCUCAGCAGCGCCGGGUCGUUCGGCCGGUGCCGGCAGCUGUCGCUGUCGCAGCGGCCGCCCAAUACCCUCCGCAUCUUCACCUUCCAGGAGCUCAAGAGCGCCACCCGCGGGUUCAGCCGCGCGCUCGUGCUCGGCGAGGGCGGCUUCGGCUGCGUCUACCGCGGCACCAUCCGGAGCGCGCUAGAGCCGCGCAGGAGCCUCGACGUCGCCAUCAAGCAGCUCGGCCGCAAGGGCCUGCAGGGGCACAAGGAGUGGAUAACCGAGGUGAACGUGCUCGGGGUGGUGGAUCACCCGAACCUGGUGAAGCUCAUCGGCUACUGCGCCGAGGACGACGAGAGGGGGAUGCAGCUGCUGCUCGUGUACGAGUUCAUGCCCAACGGGAGCCUGGCGGACCAUCUGUCGGUGAGGUCGCCGCGGCCGGCGUCGUGGCCGAUGAGGCUGAGGGUGGCGCUUGAUACCGCUCGAGGGUUGAAGUAUCUCCAUGAAGAAUCCGAAUUCAAGAUAAUAUUUCGUGAUCUGAAGCCUUCGAACAUUCUUCUCGACGAGAGCUGGAACGCGAAACUGUCAGACUUCGGCUUGGCGAGAUUGGGACCGCAAGAAGGAAGCCAUGUCUCCACAGCGGUGGUGGGGACUAUUGGAUAUGCAGCUCCUGAAUAUAUCCACACAGGACGCCUCAGCACCAAGAAUGACAUAUGGAGCUACGGUGUGGUGCUUUAUGAGCUCCUUACAGGGCGGCGACCUGUGGACCGGAACAGGCCAAGAGGCGAGCGGAAUCUUGUGGACUGGGUGAAGCCUUACUCUUCCGACGCUAAGAAGCUUGAGACCGUAAUCGAUCCGAGGCUUGAAGGGAACUACUGCAUAAAGUCAGCAGCCAAGCUUGCAUCAGUGGCAAACAAGUGCCUGGUGCGCCAGGCCAGGUAUCGGCCGAAGAUGAGCGAGGUGCUGGAGAUGGUGCAGAAGAUUGUCGAGAGCAGUAAACUUGGAACACCGGAGCAUCCCCUGAUCGGCAAUUCAAAAGAAUUAGUAAGUGAUGAAAAGAAAAGAAAAGGCCUUGACUUGAAGAGAAGAAUUGCAGAUAUUAAAGCUGGGGAAGGGAGGUGUUUUGCGUGGCAAAGGUGGACGCCCAAGCUUGUGAGAACACAAUGAUUCACAGAACUAACAGAUGAGGUGUUUCUUGCAUGAUUUGAAUUGCAUAGUUUAGCAAAAACAGCAAGUGACUGAAAUGUCAAAUGGAGUUGUCAUUACCUUACAAGUCAGAGAGCAUGACAAUUGUAAGCAUGUUUGGUGCAACCCAGUGCGGCCAUCACUAAAUAAUGGAUAGGUUUACAUUUUUUGGUAAAUGUCAAAUGGAGUUGUCAAGUGCAGUCUUCUCAACAACUAGGACGUUCCAUCUUUUUUUAUCAGAGCUUAAUCAAAGCUCAAGUAGUCCUUUUUCGGAGUACAAGUCUUAUUGCACAGUUUAACUUGGUUCUCAAGUAACUUUUUAAGUUGUAUUAAUGCCAAAUUAGAGCAUUCAGGUAGUUCUUAUAGCUCA